AUGGAAUCUAGGAACUGCACCACCGUACAUCACCUGAAUAGAAACAACACAACCGGAGUUGUAUUUUUUGUUAUUUACGUUAUCGUAACAACUACCAUUGCUGUAUUUGGGAAUUUACUAGUUUCUGCUGCGAUCUUUUGGAAAAGAGAGAUUAAGGAAGGCAAGCCAAUGAAAGAAAGAAAAUUACCGAAGACCAGGAAUAUUUUAAUUCUUAACCUGAGUUUAGUGGACAUUCUAAUGGGAAUAAUCCUCACAAUUUGGAUCAUCCUGCAAGAUAUUACAACCUGCAUGCUGACAUUCAGUCUAUGUUUCACGUCAACAUCAAUCCAUCUGGCAAUUGCACUGGACCGGUUCUACCGUAUUUUCUACUUUCCAAGGAAUGUGGAUCUAAACACCGAACGACGUACACUUUACGCUAUCUCCGUUGCUCUCUGGAUUGUCCCCAUGACGAUGUUUGUAACUCUUCUACUGGUGGACCGUGAUGUAUACCGCGUGGUUACAUAUACCCUGAGCCCAAUAAUAAGUCUAGUCGUAGUUAAUGCAACCGCAGUGCUGUAUACUUUAAUCUUUAGAAAAGUUCGUAAACACGAAGAAAACAUGACUGCGGCACUGGGCAGAAAGAAGUUUGAAAAGACCAAAUUGAUCCUGAAAGCGUACGUCGGACUGGUGAUAGCAGAUGCAGUCUGCUGGUUACCUUGGAUAGUGGAAUCUCUGCACAUUUAUAGCAGUCAAUAUGCCGGGCUGCCUGAGGAAGAGCGUUGUUUGGAGACGACAACCGUCUACUUUUUUGCGUUCUGUCUUGGUCUGUUAAACGCUUCGACCAAUGCAAUUAUUUACUGGAAGACAUUACCUGACAUAAACAAGGGUGUGGCACAAAUCAUAAGAACCAUUAUUUCAUGUUGUCGAUCUAUACAUGAUGAUGCUUAA